AUGGUCCCGGAGCUGCUGCUGUGCCUGAGCUUGGGUUGUGCAGCAGCCCCCAAACCCACGUGCCUCUCUGCUCAGUUUAGGAGACCUGGUGAUUAUAUCAUCGGAGGCUUGUUCCCCUUCGGAACGGACCCCGUGAACCUGACGGCACGAUCCGAGCCCACCUUAGUGGUGUGUGAAAGGUUAUUUGCAGACGGGCUACUGUGGGCUCUUGGGAUGAAGUUUGCCAUCGAUCAGAUCAACAAUUCCACUUUGCUUCUGCCAGGAGUGAAGCUGGGCUACGACAUGUACGACACCUGCUUUGAGCCCGUGGUGGCCUUACAGCCCAGUUUACUGUUUCUGACCCAAAACGGCACAAGGGGCAUUGGAGUCCUGUGCAACUACACCGACUACCAGCCCCGUGUGACCGCCGUGAUCGGACCACACAAGUCUGAUCUCUGCCUGGCAACAGCCAAGCUGUUCAGCUUCUUCUUGAUCCCCCAGGUCAGCUACGGAGCCAGCAGUGAGAAGCUCAGCAACACAGAGCUGUACCCAUCCUUCUACCGCACCGUUCCCAGCGACAAGAACCUGGUGGAAGCCAUGGUCCUGCUGCUCAACAAGUUUGGAUGGAACUGGAUUGCCACCAUUGGAAGCGACGACGAAUACGGCCGAGGAGCCCAGGGGCUCUUCCUAAGCACAGCUGGAAAUCACAGCAUCUGCAUUGCAUUCGAGGGGCUCAUUCCUACAGACCUUACAGACCCCAAAGCCCAAAACCAACUGGAAGAUACCAUUAGGUUAAUUAACAACACCAAAGUCAAAAUCAUUGUGCUUUUCGCCUUUAGUCAGCCAGCCCAGGCCCUGCUGGAACAAAGCAUCAGGAUGGGACUGAGUGAGAAAGUCUGGAUUGGCACUGAAGCCUGGAUAUUGUCCGACAUAACCGCCUCCAUCCCAAAUAUUCAGAGCAUCGGGACAGUCUUAGGCUUUAUUAUGAAAGCAGGCACAGUCCCUGGCUUCCAGAAAUACGUGGCCGACCUCUUCACCUCCGUCCAGCAGGAUAAAUUUUGCCAGGAGUCUAGAGAACUCAACCAUCUCAUGAACUCUGACGUGCUGGGGGCACUUUGUGAAGAGUGUGACCGCAUCUCGCUGCCCGACGUCUCGUCCCUGCUGAACCGCUCCCAAAUACAGCCCGUCUACCUCGCCGUCUACAGCGUGGCCCACGCGCUGCACAGAGCCCUGGGCUGCACCCACCACGCGUGUCCCAGGGCAUCACCCGUCAGAUCUUGGCAGCUGCUGCACUUCAUGAACACCCUCCCGUUCACGGUGAACGGCCAAAGUCUCAGGUUUGAUCACUCCCACAGCACAAACACUGGCUACAAGCUUAUAUUCUGGUCCUGGGAAAAUGGCACCCUUAGUUAUCUGCCUGUUGGCGACUACGAAGAGUCCUUGUACGUCAAUAAAUCCCAGAUUCACUUUCACACUGCAGAUCAAAAGGAGCCCACGUCAGAGUGCUUCAGCCACUGUAAACCAGGACAAUUCAAACAAAUAAAAGGAUUCCACCUCUGCUGCUACGACUGUACGGAUUGUCCAGAAAACACCUUCUGGAGCGAAAAAGGCAGCUCCACCUGCACACCCUGCCCGGAGCAGCAGUGGUCCCCUCUCCGGAGCACACGGUGCUACGACCGCAGCGAGAGGUACCUCUUUUGGGACGAGCCUCUCACCAUCGCCUUGCUAACGCUGAUGUCCAUCACCAUAUCCCUGACCUGUCUGACAGCAGCAAUCUUCUUAAAGAGCCUCCAGACUCCCCUUGUGCAGGCGGCAGGAGGCAAACUGAGCCUCUUCGCCUUGUUCGCGCUCACCCUGCUGUGUCUCAGCUCCUGUCUCUACAUCGGGAAGCCCAGCAACACCCUCUGCAUGAUCCAGCAGAUAGUCUACGCCCUCUGCCUCAACGCCUGCUUCUCCACCUUCUUCAUCAAGUCCUUGGAGAUCACCCUGGUGACCGAGUUCCCUCGCUGUGCCCCCACCUUCUUGCGCUGGGUGACCGGCAGAAGGGCCUGGCUCCUGGUUGUCCUGUGCCUCUUGGCUGAGUGCUCCUUCUGCAUCUGCUACCUCCUCCUGGGCCCUGACUCCCUGCAGCCCGAUUACAAGUCACUGCCCAGGGAAGUCCUGCUCGUGUGUAAGACACAGUCCUGGUUUGCCUUCGCCCUGAUGCAUGGCUACAACAGCUGCAUAGCCCUCAUCUGCUUCCUCUGCACCUUCAUGGUCCAGACCUUGGGGAAGAAGUACAAUAUUGCCAGGGGGAUCACCUUCGCCAUCCUCAUCUAUUUCAUCAUUUGGAUCUUCUUCGUUGCUAUUUUCGCCACGCUCAAUACAGUCCUCAGGUCUGUUACUCAGAUUGGGACCAUCUUGGCAACCAGUCUGGGUAUCCUGGGGACCUACUAUAUCCCUAAGUGCUACAUCAUCUUGUUUAAGCCUGAUGUGAACACAGUGGAUUACUUCCAGUAUUCCAUCAAAGAGGAGCCAGAGGAGGAUUCUCAAUAA